AUGUCAGUCGUUAUACUAUUGACGGGUCGUAUCUGGACGUCGGUCAGUGCCACAGAACUUAAUGAUCACAUUGGCUUCGAUGGCCUACUCACUGGUCCAACAUAUAUAGCCAGGGAUCAGGUGGGUAUACCGCCAGAUGAAUCACAAUUAUACAAAUGUAUUAACGCACGUAUGGUUAAAGAAAAAGUUUGGUCCACUAAUUUGCCACCCGCCACUGUUAUGGGAAAAUUAAUUUCAAAUGGCUAUAAACUGAUCAGUCAAGCGGGUUCUGGGGUAGGCUUUUCGGGUAAAGCUCGCUACAGUGCCGACGUUGCAAUCACUGAUUACCGGUGGAGUUGGACACUGGUCAAGGAUAAUACGGCGCCRCCACCCUAUCCCGAUGGGCGCUAUUUAAAUGAAUAA